GCAAACACACACGAACAGUUUUAGACGCACACAUGCAGGCAGUGGAUGUGUUGCCACAGGAGAGAGAGAGGGAGAGAAACAGAGAGAGAGAGAAGAGGGAGGGAGAGAGGCAUUCAGACAGAGGAGAUCAAACUGAAGUGAGAGAAAACCCAGAGAGGAGUGUGUUGGUGUGUGUGGUUCAGCCUGAGAGUUUGAGAGUUUUGGACUCCGGUGUAUAUUUUGGAGGAGCGGACUUGCGUGUUUGCUCCCCGAAGAAAAAAAAAAAGGAUUCACAAUGACUGAGAGAAUCUGGGAGAUCUAAAGGGGAUUUUGGUUUUUUUUUUCCAACACUUUGCUGGGAAUACUGCUUGGAAUACUCUGGAUAUGUGACCUGCUCGGUUUUCCUUUAAAACCUGUGCUCCUUUUCCAACCUCACUCACCCUCAUUUCUGUUGAAGAAGAGCCAAGCCACAAUGCCUACUGACGAUUAUAACUACCUGCCCGAUGUGUUGCCUCCUCUUCCUGAAGUCCCGGACUCCGGCUCAGUCCUGAGCUCCGUUGACAUACAGGCCCGCUGCCUCCGCAACCCGGCCUUCCGCUACACCUCCUCCCGCUACUGCUCUGCCCUCAGCAUGGACUCGUCACCCGACAGCGCCGAAAGGCCAAUCAGCUACAGCUCCACGUCCUCGUCCGCUUCCUCCCGGGACAGUCACUGCUCGCUGGGCAGCCGCUCCACCCUCGUCACUGCCCCUCACUGUAACCCGGUGACCUCAGAUCGGGACUCCGGGGCGAUUCGGUUGGAGCUGGUCCCCGCCCGGCAGCUGGGAUGCCGGGAGGAAGAGGACAGAAACGAUGGAGGGAUGGACACGGGGAGGGGACAAGGGAGACAGGGCAGUGGGCAAAAUGUGACAGAACAUUCAGAACCCGAGCAGAGCCCAGAUGGGGGAGAGCGGACCGGUCAGGUGCAGGCGCCCAAGACGUAUGUGGACCGGGUGGUGCAGGAGAUAAUAGACACAGAGAGAACCUACGUCCAGGACCUGCGAAGCAUUGUCGAGGACUACUUGGAGUGUAUCAGUAACCAGUCUCGGCUGGCUUUGAGCUCUGAGGAUAAAGGCUCUCUGUUCGGCAACAUCCAGGACAUCUACCACUUCAACAGGGACCUUCUUCAUGAUCUUGAGAAGUGCAACGCCGACCCUGUGGCCAUCGCAGAGUGCUUCGUAUCCAAGAGUGAAGAAUUCCACAUUUAUACUCAGUACUGCACCAACUACCCACGGUCGGUGGCUGUGCUGACAGAGUGCAUGAGGAACAAGGCGUUGGCCAAGUUUUUCCGCGAGCGCCAGGAAUCUCUGAGACACUCCUUGCCCCUGGGCUCCUACCUGCUCAAGCCAGUGCAGAGGAUCCUCAAGUACCACCUACUGCUGCAUGAGAUAGCCAACCACAUGGAGAAGGACACGGAGACCUACGAGGUGGUGCAGGAAGCCAUAGACACCAUGCAGAGAGUGGCCUGGCACAUCAACGACAUGAAGAGGAAACACGAGCACGCCGUCAGGUUGCAGGAAAUCCAGAGCCUGCUGACCAACUGGAAGGGACCCGAUCUGAUCGGCUACGGUGAGCUGGUCCUCGAAGGAACGUUUCGUCUGCAGCGAGCCAAAAACGAGAGAACUCUCUUCCUGUUUGACAAGCUCCUGCUCAUCACCAAGAAACGAGAGGAAACCUACACGUACAAGGCUCACAUACUGUGCUGCAAUCUGAUGCUGGUGGAAGUUAUUCCUAAAGAACCGCUGAGUUUCAGCGUGUUUCACUACAAGAAUCCCAAACUUCAGCACACAGUCCAGGCCAAAUCACAGCAAGACAAGCGCAUGUGGAUCCUGCACCUCAAAAGACUCAUACUUGAAAACCAUCCUGCCAAAAUCCCUGCCAAGGCUAAGCAGGCGAUUUUGGAGAUGGAUGCAAUGCAUCAUCCAGGGUUUCAUUACAGCCCUGAUGGAGACAAGAAGGACUCCCCUCAGACCAAGGAGGGUCCUACCCCUCGAAGAGGACGCAGGAAAGAACCUCUGUCGAAAUUACUGAAGAAUGCCAAGCAGAAUGCUGCCAACACAGACGGCGAGAAGCGGCAAAGUCUGGGUGCCACCCUACUUUCACCAGUGUCCCAGCUGGCUUUGGGCACGAUCGGUCGCAGCCGCAGCCUCAUCAACCAAUCACAGGAGUCCCUCGACCCUGGGGAUCACUUUGACCACAGUGACAGAGAAGAGGAGCCGCAUCAGCAAGAUGCUGAUGAUGAAGAUGACAGUGGCCUGGGAGGCGGAAAACGACUGCGAGUCCCCGGAAGAAGCAGUAGGAAGAGACUGAACCCUCAGGCAUCUGUGGAUAGUAUAGAACAGUGGAAAACCUUCAACAUGAGCCCUUCAGACCUUCAGAAAGCAAGAGAAUCCCUUGUGAGGGAAGGAAGUCACCACCCUCCACUUCUCAGGACACCUAACGUGGUUGAGGAACCGCCAGAGACCCCUAUUCCAUCCGUAGUAAUCACAGAAAGUGACCAUUCUGUGAACAAUAUCUGGGCAGACCACCGAGCUCGCAGGGCUAUGUUCCCAACCCGCCAGAGGACCAUGCAGCCUGAUGACGAGGACGAGGACAUCUACCAGAUGUUUGUCCCCACAGAACCAAGUGGACCGGAACCAGAGGCACCGUCGGAGAGGUCUGAGGCCACCUCUUCACCCAAGACAGCUCGGCCCUGCAGCUGGCAUGUCGAACAGGUUCCCACCGUGCAGGUCGACCCUCCUCCCAAUGGGAGCAGAGUCCUGCGGAGGGCGAGCAGCGCUGGAGAGAAGGCCACAGAGGCUGUACAGAGUCCUGAUGAUGACCAGUCUGGUCAUAGUAACUUGGAAGUUAUCCAUACUGAAUCAUCCAGCAAUGACAUAUCUGGAUCGUCCUCAGCCGAGCAGCUGACGAUAGAUGAUAUUGAGAAUGUGUAUGACAACAUCAGUUAUGAGGACCUAAAGAGCAUGGGCCUCGUGAGAAGAGACCCUGAGGAGAACCAGUCACGGAAAGAAGCCUCUACAGAUGUACAGGGUUCCCAGAGCCAAACAGCAAGGGUACCAGGUCCUCCAGAGGUUCCAGUGGUCGCAGAGCCUUUGAUUGAACCAGACAGUUCAUCAGAGAGCAACAGAUCCUCCACACAGGAGGGGAGGCCAUACGGGACAUGUGACCUCAAGAUAGUAGAGGAAAACAUCUAUGACACCAUCUGUUUCAGGGAGCCCCCAACAACAUCGCUUAAAGGAGUGAGUGAAGGCAACAAAUUAAAAGAUGAAAGGGACAGUCUGCUGGCCUCUGAGCAAGACCUGACUGAAAGCCUCAGAGGGUUUGUGUCUGAGGAGAGCCUCCACUUCGGAGAGGAUGAAGAAGCGGACACAUCCCAUCCUGUCCCAUGUGCCUGUGAGCCGGAUUAUUCGUCCUCCUCCGCCUCUGAAACGUUCUCUCAGCGCUCACAUAAAGGCGAUAAGAUGUCAGAGCAGGUCGACGAAAUCUGGAACGACCUUGAAAACUACAUCAAGAGCAAUGAGAAGAAAGCCGAUAGACUUCCUGCUGCCUUCCCUGUCAGUGCCAGCGAAUCGCCCAAGAAGGCGUCCUCGGUCAAAAACAGCCCUACGAAGCGAGCCCAUGUAAAUAGCCCUCGAGCAGCCAGCCCUCCCACCAAGAGUCCCCCAACACAUCAGCCCAAACCUCCACCUGUCACCUCAACGCCAUCAUUCACCAUCCCAGUCAUCAACCUCCCUGACCCCCAAAGUGAAGACACCCCUGCGGAAGAACACCAUAGCCCUCCUCCUGCACAACGCCCCCUUCCUGUCACCCCAGAGCCCCUCCCAGGCACAGUUAAGAACAUUCGCAAAAGACUGGCUCGCCUCAGUAGUGGCAGCUUCCGCCUUGAGGAUGACGACCUGGUUGAAAUUCCACAACGAAACGUAGCUCAGAAGGAUAUUCCCCUCAAGGACCUUCAUAGCUUGUUCCCCGGGGAGCUGGCAGGGCUGGACACGCCCCUUGCCUCGUCCUCGCUCUUGCUCUCUCCCCUGGGUGAAUCUGUGGACUUUCCCCUCGAACUGAUGGAUAAAUCAAAGAGCCGGGUGUUCCUGAUGGCAAGGCAGUAUAGCCAGAAGAUCAAGAAGGCCAACCAGCUGCUGCGUAUGAGGAGCAUGGACCCCGGAGACUGUGGUACUCGGGCCAGAGCUGAGAAGAAGCAGAAAGACCUGGCAGCUAUUUUAGAGGAGAAGAAACAAGGAGGCGCUGCCAUAGGUGCAAGGAUAGCCGAGUACUCCCAUCUCUACGACCAGGUCAUGUUUAAAGAUCCUCCUGGUCCAGCUGGUCAGACCUCCGCAGCCCCACACCACACACAUCCAGGGCUGCCAUCUUCUCCGUCCAUGCCCGAGACCUCCCUGGAGGAGGAAUGGCUCCACUCCACUUACAGCAACGGGGAGCUGGCCAGCUUCAUUUCCUCAUCCAGUGAGGUGGAAGAUGGCCGGGCAUCCUCAACCCCGCAUCGCAGACUCACCUCCUCCUGCUCCAUCCCUUCCCUCCAGACCUUCCCUUCUUCUCCAAGCAGCCCACCGUCCCAGAGGUGGAGCAUGACAGCGCCGAGCGAAAAAGAGGAGCAUGUGUACAGUUCCAUUAAGAGACAUCCUUCCUUUAACACGCCAUCUUCACCCUCCUCAAAGUCUCCCCCAUCCACUCACAGUCAGUCAGUCAGCUCUCUGGGCAGCCAGCAGCAGGAGAAGAACCAGUCUGGGCUCAAAUGUAACGGACCCGCUGUGGAUCAAUCCACAGACCGACUCCACGGGCCAAGUCUGGGUCGUGCUGGUCGGCAGAGUAGUCUCCCAGAGCGCUCCACCCAGGGACAGUCGGACCUCACUUUACACGACGGUCAACAGGUGGUGGUCCUGAACCGGGCCUCUGCACUGAGCAUACUCAGCGCCACCCAGAACUACCUGGCUAAUUUUAAGGACAACGGGGAAGAUGACGAUGACUAUGUCGAGAUCCGCUCAGAGGAUGAGAUCGAGCAGGAGCAGGUCAGGUUGGCACAAAGAAAUGGCAGCUCAAGCAAUCAGAAUAGGGGUCUUGUCCAUUCCCAGAGUCUGCCGUGCACACCAGUGCACUCCUGCGAGCCACUGAGGUCGUUUGACCGUGAACAACUGGAGAAGUACCUGUGGAGCGAGCCGCAAGCAUCCAGCCAGCCCAAAAUCGUCCAGUCUCUGAGGGAGAAGUUUCAGUGUCUGAGCUCCAGCAGCUUCGCCUGAGUCUAUAUGACAACUAAAA